GCGCAGCUCCUGUUCAGCCGGUACCACACCUCCCUCGUUCCCUGCGCUGUGCUCGCUCGUCCAGACGGACAACCUCGCCGCCUUCACAUUUCGAUCCAACGCCGUUUCGUCUUCGCUUUCCGUCCCCGCCAGGUCUGGUCUUGUCUCUCGCCCAUUCACUGCGAAUGUGAGCCCCCUCCCAGGCUCCCACACUGCCCAUUCCUCUCUCUCUCUCUCUCUCUGUUUCUCUCUGCUCCACAUUUUCACCUUCUGAACAUCCCGCAUUUCGCUGCAGAGCAACCCACUCGAGCCCCUGCUUAGCUCGGCCUCAUAAGCCUCUGCUGCUGAGAAGGGCAAAGCUAGCAAGAACCUCACUUCCUCACAUGGAUCUUGGGCUGCUUCCUCUCCGUCGUCGCUUGGGGUCCUCCCCUGCUUACGCUCUCGCCCUCUGUCUUCUCAUCGUCUCCAAAGGUGUGUCCGGUGCCACGUUCACGUUCGUGAACAAGUGCGAGUACACGGUGUGGCCGGGCAUCCUGGCCAAUGCCGGUAGCCCGAGCCUGGACAGCACCGGGUUCGAGCUCCCGUCCGACACCUCCCGCACCUUCCAGGCCCCGACGGGCUGGUCCGGCCGCUUCUGGGGCCGCACCGGCUGCAGCUUUGACGGCUCCCUCUCCGGGACCUGCCUCACCGGAGACUGCGGCUCCGGCCAGCUCGAGUGCAACGGCCUCGGCGCCGCCCCUCCGGCCACCCUCGCCGAGUUCACCCUCGGCUCCGGCGGCCAGGACUUCUACGACGUCAGCCUCGUCGACGGGUACAACUUGCCGAUGUUGAUAGAAGGGAGCGGUGGCUCGGGGGCGUGCGCCUCCACGGGCUGCUCGGCGGAUCUGAACCGGCAGUGCCCGGCGGAGCUGAGGGUCGGGGAGGGCGACGCCUGCAAGAGCGCGUGCGAGGCGUUCGGGUCCCCCGAGUACUGCUGCAGCGGCGCGUACAACUCCCCCGUCACCUGCCGCCCCACCGUCUACUCGGAGAUGUUCAAGUCCGCCUGCCCCCGGUCAUACAGCUACGCCUACGACGACGCCACCAGCACCUUCACCUGCACCGGAGCCGACUACACGGUGACCUUUUGUCCCUCUUCCACAAGCCAGAAAACGGCUAGAGAUUCAACACCAAUGACAGCAACAACCACCACUACUCCAGCGCAGGAGUCCGGGUCUGAGUUCGGGUCCGGGACUGGGACCGGGACAGGGACAGGGUACUCGGGGACUGGGUCGAUGUCGGGGUCGGGGCAAGCUGUUCUGGCCGAUGGGUCGUGGAUGGCCGGGUUGGCCAUGGGAGAUUCUUCGAGGACUGCCUCUCCAUGUGCUCUGCAAUCUUCUGCAGCAAUUUGCCUUUGCUUUCUCUUCCUCAUGAUCUCCUCUUUUCACUUGUAGCUCUCUCUCUCUCUCUGGUUUUGCUCUAUUUGAUUUUCUUCUAUCUUCUGGGUUUUGUGAGGUAAUGUCAUAGGAGUCCUAUCCGCAUCCACAUUGUAAAACCACCACCCCCCGCAUGACAUUUGCCUCGUAACGUUUCGGCUGGGUGUGAAGAAAGUUCUCAUUUUGUGGCUAUUUUGGGAUAUGUUUCGCUAAUGUAUCAUGGUCCAGUCAUGAAAGAGAAUGAAAUCAUUGUUGGCUUCUUUCUUUCUUUU